AUGCACACUCUCGUCCCCGGCUUCAAGAUCGCGGAAUGCGGAGAGAGACCCGAUGCUUGGGAACCCGAAGAUGGAGAGUACAAGAUGAAGGUCGACGCCGCCGUCUAUCUCGCCAAGGACAUUCCUACCGACCAUCAUCCUCACUGGGCCGACCAGAUCAUCCCUAUUGAGUUUAAGCGCGAAAAUGUUGCGCUGGAUCCCUUCGACGACCGCAAGGAGAACUUUGGUACCUCCACAGACACGCGCAAGAUGGUCCGCGGGCAAAUCAUCUCAUACGCCGAAUUUAUCUUCGCUGUCCAGCAGCGCGUCGCUCUGUUCAUGUUCGUCGUCAUCGGUCAACAGAUCCGCUUCGUCCGCUGGGACCGUUCUGGUGCGUUGGUUACGCGUUCGUUCAACUACGUGGAGAACUGGAGGUCUCUCUGCGAGAUCCUCUGGCGUAUCUCCAACUGCUCUGUCACAGAUCUCGGUCUCGAUCCUACCGCUACACAGUUGUAUCCCGACGACGCCGACUACCAGCGCAUGGAUGCCGAUGCCCUCCCCAACGACUCAGACGCAGACGACACUGAACGAGACCUUAUGCCCGAGGAGUUGGCGGACGACAGCAAGUAUGUGUUUACAUAUGUUCGGGAGAUGUUUGCGAAGUCCCUCAACGCUACAUGGCCUCGCUAUCGCGUUGAGGUCCCCUACGGCCCUUCUAUGCGAACCUUCUUGAUUGCAAAGCCAUCGUUCCGGGCCAAGGGUCUGGCCGGUAGAGGCACACAAGGCUAUGUCGCCGUGGACUGCGAGUCUGGCGAGUUAGUCUGGCUGAAGGACACGUGGCGGGCGCACUACAUUAUCAUCGAUCCAGAAGGCGAUAUUCUGCAGAAGCUCAACGAUGUGAAGAUCGUCAACGUUCCUACCCUCGUCUGCCAUGGAGAUAUCGCGAAGCAGGUCACGCUGACUCCAGACUGGUGGGAGGCCAAGAAUCCUCCGACGUCUGACCGUGCAUCAUCUACAGAAGGAGAUCCAUCAGGGGCCCCAUCGGUAUCCACAUCCACGUCCACGCGGACCCAUUCUCACUCCUCCUCGAGUCUGAAGCGCAAGCGCGGCGACGAGAGAUCAGGGGAUGGCGCACCGGCGCCGAAAACUGACUGGCGCGAUAAAUGCACGCUCUGCCACCAUCAACAUUAUCGCCUAGUGGAGAAGGAAGUCGCUCGAUCACUGAUAGAUUUCAAGAACGGUCGCCAGCUCAUAUUUGUCGUUUCGGACUGCGUUUAUGCCCAUUCUAAAGCUGCCACAAAUCCGAAGACUCAGCUGUUGCAUCGCGACAUCAGCGGUGGCAACAUCCUCAUAUUACCUAAGGUAUCUAAUGAGGAAGAUGGUAUCCGUAUCUUGAAAUGGACGGGCAUCCUCGCCGACUGGGAGAUGUCGAAGCCCUUGCAGAAUCCCCUGUCCAGACCCCGUCAGCCAGAGCGCACUGGUACUUCGCAGUUCCUUUCAAUUGCGCUUCUAUCUCGCCCUAAGGUCGUCGAGAUCUGCGACGAGCUUGAAAGCUUCUUCUACGUUAUCAUCUACUACGCCGUUCGAUACCUCAGGUCGAACCUCGAAGGGUUCGCCCUUCGCCAUUGGAUCAACGCUUUCUUCAACACGUACGGCGUCACGAACGAUACCGGGUCCAUUAGGCGGAAGGUUGUCGCCGUCCAACUAGGCGCUUUCUGGAUAUCUAACGACGAUAGGCUCGAGUUCAACAGUCCCAUGGAUGAAGCAGGAACAGAAGAAGACUUCGGAAAGCAGCCCUGCUCAGCGCUAGCGGCUCUCGUGCCUCGCAGGCGUUUCCAGAAAGACCCUUGGCGUCGUUACGAUGACCUGCAGUUGUCGAUGAUCAAAGAUGACAUCAAGGACGACAAGAUUGUCGACCCACUGGAGCCCACCAAGAAGGACAAAAAGUACUCGAAGUACGUGCACAAGCACAAGCACAUGAUACGUCUCCUCGACGACAUCGCCUGCGAGCGGGAGUGGCCUUCCGGUGAUAGGACGCCUGAUCGGAUCCUUGUGGAUUGCUCACCUCCCGCAAGGUCGGUGGGGCCUACAGUACCGGCGUCUUCCGCGAACAAUCCGCACAAGAAACCAAAACUUAGCGGAGGAUGCUAG